AAAAACGUACAGAAGACAAUAUCCGUGUCCAUCCAUCCAUGGCAUCCCAUGCAUCACUAGCGGCGCUACUGAUGUGGCUCUGCGCGGUGCCAUGGCUCCUCCCCUCGGGCCUAGCGUCGUCACCUAGCGACGGAUGCGAGAGAAGAUGCGGUGACGUGGACAUCCCUUUCCCGUUCGGCACCGGGCCUGACCACUGUAUGUUGCCGGGGUUCCGAAUCAACUGCACUGACACCGGCAACGGCACCCAAAUGGCGUUGGUGCGCAACAGCGUCGAGCUCCUCGACAUCUCCCUGCAGCGAGGCGAAGCCCGGGUGCUCAUCCACAUCUCUUACUACUGCAACGACGGCAACGCCGGCCGGCCAUCUGGCAAGCAGUGGAUGUGGAAUGUGACGGGCUCGCCGUUCACCUUCUCCGACACCGCCAACAAGUUCACGGUUGUGGGGUGCCGAACGUUGGCGUACAUCGGCGACAGCAGCGAGGACAACGCAGCCACGUACAGGACCGGUUGCGUGGCCAUGUGUGAUGACCAGAGGGCGGCCCUUGUCGACGGAUCCUGCUCCGGAAUGGGCUGCUGCCAGACGGCCAUCCCGUCGGGCCUGCAGAAUUACCAGGUGUGGUUUGACAGCCGCAUCAACACAUCGGAUAUCAAUCGCGUCAGCCCCUGCAGCUUCGCGGUGCUCAUGGAGUCGUCCAAGUUCAACUUCUCUUCAAGUUACGUGACCUCGUUGGACUUCGACAACUCCCAUAGUGGAAAGGCGCCGUUGGUGCUGGACUGGGGCAUCGGUGUUGAUGGCUGUAAGGUCGCACAAAGAAAGCCUGGGUACGCGUGUAUUAGCAGCAACAGCCGGUGCUUGAAAGCAGCGCGAGGGCUAGGCUACAUCUGUAACUGCACAGAAGGUUUCGAGGGCAACCCUUACGUUACCAACGGCUGUAAAGAUAUCGAUGAGUGCAGUAAGCGUAUUAUGUACCCUUGCUUCGGAGACUGCAACAAUACAGACGGCAGUUUCACCUGUAGUUGUCCUGCUGGUACCACAGGGAAUGCGUCUAUUCCGAAUCAAUGCCACAGAGAUCCUUUUCCCAUGGGAGCACGGCUGGGUGUCGGAAUUGUGGCAGGUCUUUUGCUUUUCCUGAUUGCUUUUCUUGCAACCGAAGUGUUCCUCCACAAGCGGAGCAACAAAAGACAGGGCUACUUUGAGCAGCACGGAGGCCAGAUGCUCUCGAGCAUUCUGAAAUCAGACGGCAACAUCUCCUUCACCUUCUACGACAGAGGAGAACUCGUCAAGGCCACGCGAAACUUCCACAAGAACAACAGCAUCGGGGAAGGAGCACAUGGGACCGUCUACAAGGCGAUCCUUAGCGGCGGCGACGACACCACGCCGGCGGCCACUGUCGCGGUGAAGCGAUGCAAGCAGAUCGACCCGAGCAGGACGGAGGAGUUCGUACGGGAGCUGGUCAUACUCUGCCGCGUCAAUCACCCCAACAUCGUCAGGCUUGUCGGCUGCUGCCUGCAUUUUCAGGCUCCCAUGCUCGUGUACGAAUUCGUGCAGAACGGGACCCUGGAUAAACUUCUUCACGGGUGGCCGAAGCGCCGGGUGGUGAUGCUGGCGACCCGCCUGCGGAUCGCCGCGGAGACCGCGGAGGCCCUCGCGCACCUACACUCGCCGCCGCACACAACGCUUCACGGCGACGUGAAGCCGGAGAACAUCCUCCUCGACGACGGCUGGGUCGCCAAGGUGUCCGACUUCGGCUGCUCAACCAUCGACGACAACAUCCAGGUCGUGCCCAAGGGCACGCUUGCAUACCUUGACCCGGAGUUUCUGCAGGACUUCCAGCUCGCGGCCAAGACCGACGUCUACAGCUUUGGGGUAGUGCUGAUGGAGCUGCUGACCCGUAAGAAGCCACGGGCAAAAGAACAGAAGAACCUGGCGAUAAUGUUUCAGGAAUGCAUGGGGAAUGGGACACUUGUUGAUCUCCUGGACGCUGACAUUGUCAAAGAAGGCUCCAGUAUUACCAUGGGGGUGAUCCAUCAAGCUUCGGAGCUUGCGAGCCGAUGCACAGCUGUUCCGGGUAAGGAAAGGCCUGCCUUGGGAGAGGUCGCGGAGGAGCUCCGGCGGCUGUCAGACAUAAUGCCGGAAGACUCAGAGGCGCUACACGCUCUCGAGGGUCACGGGUAUAUCAGUACUGCUGGUGAGACCGAAACGACGGGGUUUUAUGGCAUUGGAAGAGCUGCUUUAAGCACAGAACUCGCCAGAUGAUCAGAGUUGGAGUGUUUGCUACAGCCUACCUUAAUUGUGUUGUGCCGCGCACACUGGCGUACUCUUCUUAUAUGACUGUCUGUUGCACAUUUCUAGUUUGUGCCAUGCUAUGAGCACAACAUGCAUGAUAGCUGGCACGUGUAUUUUAGCUAGUUAUAAUUUUCUAAAUACAUAUAAAAUCCUGAUUGUGUAUUUAAAAAAAAUCACAUCAU